GACACCGCAACCCCGGGCCGCGCCCCCACCGCCCGGGGCCGCCCCCCCACCCAAUGGAGAACUUCCAGAAGGUGGAGAAGAUCGGGGAGGGCACGUACGGCGUCGUAUACAAGGCCCGGAACAAGGUCACGGGCGAGGUGGUGGCGCUGAAGAAGAUCCGGCUGGACACGGAAACCGAGGGCGUCCCCAGCACGGCCAUCCGAGAGAUCUCGCUGCUGAAGGAGCUCAACCACCCCAACAUCGUCAAACUGCUGGAUGUGAUCCACACGGAGAACAAGCUCUACCUGGUCUUUGAGUUCCUGCACCAGGACCUGAAGAAGUUCAUGGAUGCAUCGUCCCUGGGCGGCAUCGCGCUGCCGCUCAUCAAGAGCUACCUGUUCCAGCUGCUGCAAGGCCUGGCCUUCUGCCACGCACACCGCGUGCUGCACCGAGACCUCAAGCCUCAGAACCUGCUCAUCAAUGCCGACGGUGCCAUCAAGCUGGCUGACUUUGGGCUGGCACGCGCCUUUGGGGUGCCUGUGCGCACCUACACGCACGAGGUGGUGACGUUGUGGUACCGAGCGCCUGAGAUCCUGCUGGGCUGCAAGUAUUAUUCGACUGCUGUGGACAUCUGGAGCCUGGGCUGCAUUUUCGCCGAGAUGGUGACGCGGCGCGCGCUCUUCCCCGGGGAUUCAGAGAUCGAUCAGCUCUUCCGUAUCUUCCGCACGCUGGGGACUCCGGAUGAGGCCGCCUGGCCCGGCGUCACCGCCCUGCCCGACUACAAGCCCAGCUUCCCCAAGUGGGCCCGGCAGGAUCUGGGCAAGGUGGUGCCGCCGCUGGAUGAGGAGGGCCGCAAGCUGCUGGCGCAAAUGCUGCACUACGAUCCCAACAAACGCAUCUCGGCCAAGGCAGCGCUGGGCCAUCCCUUCUUCCGUGAUGUCACCAGGGCUGUCCCCCACCUGCGCCUGUGAGCACUGGGCUGGGGGUGGGCACGUUGGCUGCAGACAGCGCGAGCGCAGAGUGGGACACUGGGACCCCCGGCCCCCAGGACUGCUCGGGGCGGGGACCCCCCCUUUGCCUGGGCUCUCGGGCACUUACAGCUGAGGGUGAGGUGGGAGGGCGAGGGACAGAGCCUUCCCCCUCCCUUUGUCCCCCUCUCCUCCAUCCCCGGGGUGGCAGUGGGGGUCCACCUCUUCCCUCCCCCCCGCGGGCUUUUCCUCGCUGACUUUUGUAACUUUUUUGCCAUUUUGUAGUUGACAUUUAAAGCCCUUUGUGCAGCUCC